UUGCCGAUUGCCCCUUGGGGUCAACCCCAAUCCUCUGACCUCCACCUGCACUCCACCCAUUGGAGAUUCCACCUAAUCAAGCUUGGCUGUUCAUAUCUCUCGAGGACUCGUUUCUGCUUUUUGUCAUAUCUCGCAAGCGACAAUGGUUCAGUCAAUCACAGGUAUGGAGCCUAGCUCCAAGCUCUAUUCGAGGCGUAGAUUGGUGCAAGAGAAUGUGGAGGAAGAUAUGGAGCUCUUGAAGCAUCUCAGCGAACUCAAGACUGAUGCUUCUCAUUAUCCUCAUGCCAAAGAUAUCGUGGGCAACAUCCCCGUUUACUCUGGCCCCGAGCUAUUGAACCUCAUCUAUGCCGGCGAUUCAUCCCGUGAAGAGAUAAUGGAUGAGCUUCAUCAGUGCUUGUUCACUGGACCGGGUGUGCUUAUCAUCAAGGAGAUGAUGGAACCUGAGAUGUGUGUGAGGGCUCACGAAUUCAUGAAGACUAUCACACCUGGCAUCGAGACCUCGACACAUAAGCGAACGCCUAGGUUCGGGGAGAAACAAGCGAAGGCCAAACCCGAAGAUUACGCCGGGUACUAUUCGAACCCUAUAUUGGCAAUGGUCUGCGAGGCUUGGCUAGGACUAGGGUACCAAAUCACCACUCAAUCAAAUGCCAUUCGAGCAGGAUCCGAUCAGCAGGAAAUUCACCGAGAUUACCAUAUGAGUCACUGGGGCGAUCGAUGCCGUCAAUUCCCACUCGCCACUCACGUCGCCAACCAAUUCCUCACUCUGCAGUGUGCUAUCGCGCAUACCCCUCAACCAUUGACCAGCGGACCUACCCGAUUCCUGCCGUAUUCGAAUCAUCAUCCCAAUGGUUACCUCAACAUUCGACGACAGGAAUUCAAAGAUUUCGUCAAGCCCAGGAUGUCUCAAAUGCCACUUGAAGUCGGGGAUGCGGCAUUCUUCAAUCCUUCGACGUAUCAUCAACCAGGAGUCAACGAACAAGAUGUUCACCGCGCUAUGAACCUUUUCCAAGUCAACAGUUGCAUGAGCCGGUGUAUGGAUACAAAAGAUACAGCAGGCAUGACUAAAGCUAUCUGGCCGGUCUUGAAACAGUGGCACAAGGAGAUUCAGGGAUCGACUGGGUCCGGGACGGAACGAUUUGUGAACGGAACAAAGACUGAACGCCAUCCUUUGGAGCUAGAGGCAUUGAUCAAUGCUACGGCAGAAGGCUACGAGUACCCCAUCAAUUCAGACAAGGAAGCCCCGAGUCCUCGGGUUGAGACUGAUAUCGUACGAACCGCACUGAGAGAGGGCUGGGACGACGAGAAACUGUACAAAAUGCUAGAUCUAUCUGCUGCUAGGCGAUUGAACGCUUGAGAAAUCAAUGGACCAGUCAGUUUGUCGUGUAUGUAUGCUCUGCGUCUUCGUUCAGACGUCGUAUACAGUUCAGGAGGUUUCCCUGACCUGGAACACAAAAGCCGAACGACGGAGAUUUUCGGGUGAUGUCAG